UCGGGCAACUUCUUUGUUUUAAAGGACUACCUACGAUACAAGUAUGAAUUUAGCCCAUAUUAUGAGAGAGUCAUCAUGGCUUAUGGACUAUCAUCGUCCGCUCUUGAUACCUGUUCUCUUGAUAUAGGCUUCCUCAUGCUUGUCCACGAUGUGGCAUGUGGCUAGAACUUUGGAUGGUCUACACAGAACUCUAUGAGACCCCUUAUCUAGGUAGCUAGGUAGGCUUCUUUGGCUGAUGUGAGAUACAUCUUCCCAAACCUUCCCUCAACCAUCUUCAAUCAGGUAGUGGGCGCGCCACCAAACCCAAAGGGCCUGGCUUUGCUGGCAGGGGAGGUCUUUCAAAUUUCUUCAACUUUUCCCAGACAAGUCAAACAUACCACACACAACCCGUCAUCGUAUAAAAGUCAUGGCGAUAAUGGCGAAGGAGAGAGGAACUCGAAAUCUCAGUGUGAAAGAACCCCGGCCGUCCUGCAACCGCCGUCGCCAGUCCACCAAGAUCGACAAGGGCUUGUCCAAGAGGAACGCCAAACUCAAGCGCCGCACCAAAUCCCUCAAGAAAGCCAUCAAAAAGAACCGCCGCCUAACCGAGCAUCUCAACGAGCAGCUGACCCGUCUGACCACAACAAUCGAACAAGCCAACACCCACUUGCCUGACACCAGCCAAAUCAACAGCGAGAUGAGAAAUCUCAGCAAUGGCAUGGGAGUCCUCCUCGGUGGCAUGGCAGAAUACAAAGAAGGCAUGCAACAACUCGGUGACGAGAUGCAAAUCGCGGAGCACAAUCUGGAACUGUUCAGCGCGACUAUAAGAAGGCUCUUUGACAAUGGCACGGAAGCAUUCAUGGACGAUUUUCAGCCGUCCAAGAGAGAUUUUGGGGUGAUCUACCGACUCACCGAAGCCAUCCGUCAGCGGACGCAGAAGAGUGAUGUUGGGCGGGGAAUUAGCAGACCUGUCGACCGCCUGUUUGGGUGUAUGUCGAUCCUCCGCAGGUAUUUGGAUGACAGCAUGGAAACCCGCCUGAAGAACUUUGAGGGGAGGAAGACAAACCAGUUGUCAAACAAAUUGUCUUCAUUUGUUACUCGUGAGGAAGGGGCAUGCAAGGUUGGAGGAGGUAAUGGAAGGCAGAGACCAGGCAGAGACCGGUACAGAUAGCCAAUCCAUAUGCAUCUUUUGUUCAUACCCAUCACACAAC